AUGGCCAUCAAAGAAGACUACUACAAAGUUCUCGGCAUCCUCUGCGAUGCCGCAGACGCCGACAUAAAGAAAGCCUACCGCAUACAAGCGCGGCAGCACCACCCCGACAAAGCCGAGGACAAGGAAGCUGCACAUGCGCUCUUCGUGAAAAUUGGCGAAGCCUACGAUGUACUGUCGAACCCCAAGAAGCGCACAGACUACGAC